AUGAAAGGAGCAGGUUCCAAGGGAUGCUUAAUGAGUUACAAGCCUUGUUAGGUAGCUUCUUCUUGUCAGAUUAUAUUCAUUUCACAAGGUGGAUAGAUAGACUCAGAGGAUUGACUAGUCGCCUUGAGAAGAAUUACAAGGAAUUGGAUGCAUUUUGUGAAGAAGUUAUUGAUAAGCAUCUUGAUUCUCAAAGGCAUAAACCACAAGAAGAUAUAAUUGAUGUCUUGCUUAACCUCAAGAAGCAACGAUGGUUUUCUAUUGAUCUCACUUUUGAUCACAUCAAAGCUUUACUCAUGGACAUACUUGCAGCAGCAACAUAUACAAGUACUGUAGCAUCAGUUUGGGCAAUGACCCAACUAAUGGAAAAUCUAAGAGUGAUGCAGAAAGUUCAAGAGGAAGUCAAAAAUCUAUAUGGCUCAAAAGGUUCUAUAGAAGAAAGUGACAUCCAAAAGCUUACAUAUCUAAAGGUAGUAGUGAAAGAGAUAUUGAGAUUACACCUACCAGCACCACUACUUGUUAUGAGACAAACAAAUAAAAAAUGCACCAUCGAAGGGUAUGAAAUUCUAGCAAAGACAUUGGUUUAUGUCAACGUAUGGGCCAUUCAUAGAGACCCUGAAGCUUGGAAAGACCCAGAAGUGUUCUAUCCUGAGAGGUUCUUGGACAAUGCCAUAGAUUUUAAGGGACAAGAUUUUGAGCUCAUUCCAUUUGGUGCAGGAAGAAGAAUUUGCCCAGGUUUACUAAUAGGGGUUGCCACAGUAGAGCUUAUCCUUGUUAAUCUUAUUUAUUCAUUUGACUAGGAAAUGCCUAAAGGGAUGAAAAGGGAAGAUAUAGACUUUGAGGUGCUAGCAGGAAUUGCCUAGCACAAGAAAAAUCCUCUUUGUCUUAUGGCCAAGAACUAUCUGUUUUAAGGC